AUGUGUGGCAUUUUCGGCUACGUCAACUACUUGGUGGAGAAGGACCGCAAGUUUAUUCUUGCUACCCUGAUUAAUGGUCUCUCCCGUCUCGAGUAUCGAGGAUACGAUUCGGCUGGUCUGGCCAUCGACGGCGACAAGAAGAACGAGGUCUUUGCCUUCAAGGAGGUGGGCAAGGUUGCCAAGCUCAAGGAGCUCAUUGACGGCGCCGACCUCGACCUCACAAAGGUCUUCGACUCACAUGCCGGCAUUGCCCACACUCGCUGGGCUACCCACGGACCCCCGUCUCGCCUGAACUGCCACCCUCACAGAUCCGACCCUACGUGGGAGUUCUCCGUCGUCCACAAUGGUAUCAUUACCAACUACAAGGAGCUCAAGACCCUCCUCCAGACCAAGGGCUUCAAGUUCGAGACAGAGACGGAUACCGAGUGCAUUGCGAAGCUCGCCAAGUACCUGUACGACAAGCACCCGACUCUCGGCUUCGUCGACCUGGCCAAGGCUGUCAUCAACGAGCUCGAGGGUGCUUACGGUCUUCUGAUCAAGUCUGUUCACUAUCCCCACGAGGUGGUCGCCGCCCGAAAAGGUUCGCCCCUGGUCAUUGGUGUCAAGACCCAGAAGCGCAUGAAGGUCGACUUUGUCGACGUCGAGUAUGCCGACGAGAACACCCCUCUCCCCGCCGAGACCGCUGCCCAGAACGUGGCCAUCAAGAAGAGCGCCAAUAAGACCGGCGCCGACUUCCUGAGCCCCAACCUGCUGGGCGCCCCCGACAAGUCCCUCCUCCACCGCUCCCAGUCCCGAGCUUUCAUGACCGACGAUGGCAUGCCCAUGCCCACCGAGUUCUUCCUCUCUUCCGACCCGUCUGCCAUCGUUGAGCACACCAAGAAGGUCAUGUACCUGGAGGAUGACGACAUUGCCCACAUCCACGAGGGUUCGCUGAACAUCCACCGCCUGAAGAAGGCCGAUGGCAGCAGCAACGUCCGCACCAUUCAGACCCUUGAGCUGGAGCUUCAGGAGAUCAUGAAGGGCAAGUUUGACCACUUCAUGCAGAAGGAGAUUUUCGAGCAGCCCGAGUCGGUCGUCAACACCAUGCGUGGCCGCCUCGACAUUGCCAACAAGCAGGUCACUCUCGGUGGCCUUCGCAGCUACAUCAGCACGAUCCGCCGAUGCCGACGUAUCAUCUUCAUUGCUUGCGGCACCUCGUACCACAGCUGUAUGGCCGUUCGUGGUGUUUUCGAGGAGCUGUCCGAAAUCCCCAUCGCUGUCGAGCUCGCGUCCGAUUUCCUGGACAGGCAAGCACCCGUCUUCCGUGACGAUACCUGCGUGUUCGUCUCUCAGUCCGGAGAAACGGCCGAUUCUCUCAUGGCCCUGCGUUACUGCCUUGAGCGCGGAGCUCUGACAGUUGGUAUCGUCAAUGUCGUGGGUAGCUCCAUCUCUCUGCUGACACACUGUGGUGUGCAUGUCAAUGCCGGACCCGAGAUUGGUGUUGCUUCUACCAAGGCGUACACCUCCCAGUUCAUCGCCAUGGUCAUGUUCGCGCUGAGCCUUAGCGAGGACCGCGCCAGCAAGCAGAAGAGACGGGAGGAGAUUAUGGAGGGUCUGUCCAACAUCAGCGACCAAAUUAAGCACGUCUUGGAGCAGGAUCAGUACAUCAAGGAGCUCUGCGCAAAGACCUUCAAGGACCAAAAGUCUCUGCUGUUGUUGGGUCGUGGCAGCCAAUACUCCACUGCGCUGGAGGGUGCUCUGAAGAUCAAGGAGAUUAGUUAUCUGCACUGCGAGGCUGUUAUGUCUGGAGAGCUGAAGCACGGUGUCCUGGCCCUUGUUGACGAGAACCUCCCGAUCAUCAUGAUCCUGACACGGGAUGAUCUCUUCAAGAAGAGCUUGAACGCCUAUCAGCAAGUCAUCGCUCGUGGUGGAAAACCGAUUGUUAUCUGCAACCCUGCCGACGAGGAGUUCAAGACCAGCCAGGCUGAGAAGAUUGAGAUCCCCAAAACUGUCGAUGUUCUACAGGGUAUUCUAAACGUCAUCCCUCUGCAGCUGAUUGCCUACUGGUUGGCAGUCAUGGAGGGUCUCAACGUCGACUUCCCGCGUAACCUGGCGAAGUCUGUCACGGUUGAGUGA